GCUACGCAGACGUCACAGCUCCAGCCAGCAGCUGCACAGUCGCCACAGGACAAUAUUUUCAUAAACCAUGGAGACUUUAUACAGUAUACCGUUUUCUGUGCUUGAAUGUCCAAAUAUAAAACUGAAGAAACCGUCAUGGCUGCAUAUGCCGUCGGCUAUGACGGUGUAUGCGGUCGUUAUUGUGUCCUACUUUCUCAUCACUGGAGGAAUCAUCUACGAUGUCAUAGUUGAACCACCAAGUGUGGGUUCAAUGACUGAUGAGCAUGGACACCAGCGGCCGGUGGCCUUUCUGGCAUACAGAGUAAACGGCCAGUACAUUAUGGAAGGACUGGCUUCAAGUUUCCUCUUCACAAUGGGAGGCUUGGGCUUCAUAAUCCUGGACCGUUCCAAUGCACCAAACAUUCCCAAACUCAACCGCUUCCUGUUGCUCUUCAUUGGGUUUGUUAGCGUGCUCCUCAGCUUCUUCAUGGCAAGAGUGUUCAUGCGCAUGAAGCUGCCUGGAUACCUCAUGGGCUAAAAGCGCAGACAACACGCAUCAUUUGACAGAUGAUUUGGAUGGACAGAAGGCAUCAUAAAUAAGGUGGAAGAGGGCCAAACAGGCAGUAAAAAAAUAUGGAUUAACUCAACCUUUGAUAUAACCAACAACAAUUAAGGACUGAAAGCACUGACCUUGCUCAAGAAAAUAGUCCCGGCUGUACUGACAGUCUGACACUGGCUGUGUCUUAUUUGUAAUCAGUGACCUCCUUUCCUCUCCUUUUCUCCCUGUGCAGUGUUAAAUUCAACACUAAUGCUUAUCCUCUAUAUUGCCACAUGCAUUACUGGCACAUCAUUACCAGAUGUGUUGUUUCUUUGAUAAAACCAGGAAAACUGCAAAACUCAUUGUUUUCAGUAUGUUUAAUCUAGAGGACACAAUUUUCAUUUUACUGACAACCUGGAAAUAUUAUGCAGUAGGAGAAAAUGUCUCAGAAGAAAAAGGAAAGGAAGUCACUGGACAUAAUUGGGAUGGAGCCAUUGAUUUGGAAUUGAUUAGCACUGUAAAUCAUUUAGAGGGGACUCUCAAUACUGUUUAAGUUGUUUGUUUUUUGUAAAGCAGUUCUUGAAAAUGCCUUGAACCUGUCACAGUUGCAUUUUUGUACGAGAUGGUGAAAUAAAUCUUCCUUUUCAGA